AUGCACAGCAAUGGCAUGGCGCAUAUCUCGCAAGAGACGGCCAAUCUCGUCCUCGACGACGACGACGAGGAUGCCCGCCAUCGGGAUCCUUUGGUGGCCUACGACCCCUUACCACCACCGGCCCCCAGGUUGAAAAGCAAGGGUGUGAUAGCUACGGACAUCACGCAGCAAUUCACGCACGCCGCUCAGCAGCUUAAGACGGGAGAGCUGGUCAAGGAACCCUUCUUUACGCUGUUUGAGUCCGUGGGGGCUUUGGAGAUUAUGGACCCGAAGAUGGAUAGCGGUUAUUUGGAGCCCGGGGAGACGAUGGAGGAUGAUUACGACUUUGGGCAGGAGCUGCUGCCGGAGGAAAUCAUUGGCAUUAUUGACCAGUUGUUGUGUCAUGAGAUGGCGUGGCACAUGGGACAUCCGCUUUCGCAGACCAUCUUUACGAGUUUGUACAUUGAUAGGAUACUUUCGCCUUGUCCGUUGGAUAUCAACCAGACGUACUUCGAUCGGAGUGAGAGCUGUGACGAUGAGCCGUUGAUGCUUCGGGCACUUAGAGCGUAUUGUCUUGGUUUGAUCAAGACGUGUCACUAUGUCAACGAACGAGUACUGUCUGAGCAUAUGUAUGAGGAAGAAGACUUCGUCACGCAAACCUUCAAUCGAAGUCUGCUGGAGAGCAUCGAACAUGAAGCUAUCGUAGACCUCCUCGAGACUACUAUCGCCCUUCUCAUCGAUGCAGACGACAUAGAGCCCAUCAUGAAGAAGUCUAUAGAAUGUCGACUUCAGCUGCGGCUUCAAUUUCUAACAGCUGUCGAAGCAGCAGAUUCCCGAGUGUCGAAAGACCCCCAGAAGUAUUGGUCGGAGUUGUCGGCCUCUAUCUCGGAUAUCAAGUCAUCAAGUGCUUUUGGAAAGCCGGUCCCUUCUUCUUUUAGCGUCAAGAUACAACGGAAGCUUGCUAGUACCGUGCCACCGCGGCCUAUCGUGGAGGUCAGCCAGGAAGAUGCUUUGAGUCACUUGGAGAGACUUUGCUCAGAUGCUUCAGUUGCUGUUGAAGUCCUCGAGUACUAUGACAGCCACAGCCUCAUAACAUUCGUGUUCUUAUUCCAAGCUCGCAAGCCACAGCCAUCAGUGUACGUUCGCACUUUGCUGCAAUAUUACAUCUUCGCCGACAUGAUCAUCUUGGGUAAGCUUUCGAUCCGACACGUCCUCGACGAGGAUCUGGAAACCAUCGUUCUACCAGCAAACAAACUUCUCGAUCGCCUUAACGACGAAAUCGAAGUGCCGCACGAUCCUCGGCACAAAAUGUCCUCCCGCAUGGAGCUCUUCCGCUCCCGAGCAGCGAGCUCCUACCUAGACAUCAUGCGAGCGAUCUGCCAAAACCGGUGCCGUAUCCGGCGAACCCUCUGCCAUGCAAUCGUCGACUGGGACAACCUGCAAUUCGAUUCCGAAGAGCUGGACCUUGAGCUCCGUGAAUUCACACAAGAGCAGCCUGUUGUUGACACUGAGAUCUCGGCAGAGCCCAUCUACGCCUUCCCUCUAUCCUCCUGGUCGUACUUCUACAAGCUCCGCCUCAUGGAAUGGCUUGUCCAGAUGGGCUUUGAGCUGGAGACGUACCAGCCAGACGAGCUGGCAGGAAUGUACUGGCACCUACAAUACCUCACGAAAACCCGCGGUCGCCAUCUAGAACGGAUCAGAGGCUUUGUGGAGCGAGACUUGCGGACUUCGCUGCAGAACCGCGAGACGGCCAUGGCGCACCAUCCGCAGUUCAUGGCCGCGCUGAACUUCAUCAACUUCUCGUCCAUGGAAGCGGCAGCUACCUACGGGUUCUCCGACGCAUUAUCAUUACUGUUCACUGUUCUCGGUCGCCUGUCCUUGCUCAAAGUACCGCCGCGCCCGUACAGCGACGACACGAUGCGGUACGAAGUACGCAUGAAACCAUUCCAGAGCAUCGGCCUCCCUGAAGUGCCCCCCUUCACGGAGUUCACGAAAGCCGUCCAGCAGCCCGAUCUCUCUACCCUGGAUCUCCUCAAGUUCGCAGCCGAGUCGGCCGUGGGCGCCAAGAAGGGAUUCGAAUUGCUGAGUAAACUUGGUGCGGAGGAGGCGUUCUGCCAGGGCUCGUACGCGACAUGGCUGAGUAACGUCAAGGCGUGUCUGAAAGCUUGCAUCUUUACCGGUAUCAGUAUUGCUGCGGUGCGGAAGGCGGUCGAAGCUGCGGGGGAAGGGAACCGGGAGGUGAAGAUCAAGAUUGAGGUGCCGGAGACGGGGAAGGGCUAUCACGACUGGUGGGUUGUACCGAAGGUUGUUGCCGUACCUUGA